AUGCCUAGUUUUCAUUGUACUUUCAUUUAUGCCUUCAAUGAUCAUGGUAUGAGACAAGAAUUAUGGAGGGAUUUGGGUCUGCUUAACACUCAGGGGCCUUGGAUUCUUUGUGGGGAUUUCAAUUGUGUUAUGGCUGUGGAUGAAAGAAUAGGUUGUCCUGUUAGGCAUGCAGAGAUAGUUGAUAUUAACAAUUGUAUGCAUCUGUGUGGAAUGGAGGAUGUUAAGUGUGUAGGAAAUUUGUACACCUGGAACAAUAAACAGCAAGGGCAUGAUAGGGUUUUCUCAAAGCUUGAUAGAGUUUUAGCUAAUCAAUCAUGGAAGGGGUGUUAUCCAACAGCAGAGGUGUGUUUUAUGCCUGAAGGCCAGUUUGAUCACUCACCUGGUCUAUUGACUGUAUAUCCUAGAAUCGGUGGGGGUAGGAAACCUUUUAAGUAUUUUACAAUGUGGAAGAGUUCUCCUGUUUUCAAUGAUACAAUUCAGGCAGCUUGGAAGACUCAAGUAAGUGGGAGCAACAUUUUCAUGUUGGUUAGUAAACUGAAGUCAGUUAAGAUUGCUCUAAAAGAUCUUAACAAAAGUGGGUUUUCUGAUGUACAAGCUGCUGAUUUGAAUGCUUAUCAUGAUAUGGUAGCUGCUCAAGAGCUCAUGCAUGCAAACCCUACUGAUCAAUGUCUUGUUAACAAGGAGUUAGAAGCUAUCCAGGAGUAUAAGAUCAAACAUAAGGUUUAUUUGGAUUUUUUGAGUCAGAAGGCUAAGCUGGCAUGGAUUAAGGCUGGUGAUGAGAACACAGCCCUGUUUCAUCAAAGUAUUAAAAGUAGAAAUAUUCAAAAUCAGGUGUAUAGUAUACAUGAUAAGGAGGGGAGAUGGAGAGACAAGCCUGGUGAGGUUUCAGAGGCAUUUAUUGAGUACUACAAGCUCCUGCUGGGUAGUGUGCAAGAAUCUAGAACUCCAGUGAUCAAGCAGGUUGUUCAAAUUGGUCCAGUAUGUCAGGAAAAUCACAAAGCAAUUCUUACUGCACCUUAUACUGUUGAUGAGGUGAAGGAAGCUCUUUUUUCUAUUCCAGGUGUAAGGCACCAGGACCUGAUGGGUUUGGUUCUUACUUUUACAAGGACACUUGGCACAUUGUUGGAAGUGAACCACACAGUUGUAACUUUAAUUCCUAAGACUAAGUGUCCGAGGAGUGUAGGAGAUUUCAGGCCAAUUUCUUGCUGCAAUACAUUGUAUAAGUGUAUUACUAAAGUCCUGUGUGGUAGUUUGAGACAAGUGCUUCCUGAUCUUAUUUUGGAGAAUCAAGGUGGUUUUGUUCAUGGUAGAUAUAUUGUUCACAAUAUAAUGGUAGUGCAGGACCUAGUGAGGCAUUAUGGUAGGAAAGGAGUGAAACCUAGUUGUCUAAUGAAGAUAGAUUUGCAGAAAGCCUAUGAUACUGUGGAUUGGCAGUUUCUGAGAGAAAUGAUGGAAUACUUGGAGUUUCCAGUGCAGUUUGUUAAUCUAAGAGGUUUGAGGCAGGGUGAUCCCAUCUCCCCUCUUCUUUUUGUUAUCUGCAUGGAGUAUUUGUCAAGGAUUUUGCAGAAGAUGAGUGCCUUGUCACAGUUUCAGUUCCAUCCUAGAUGUAAAGAGGUUAGGCUCACUCACCUAUGCUUUGCUGAUGAUUUGAUUUUGUGUUGCAAAGGUGAAUAUCCUUCAAUUUAUCUGCUCUUGCAAGCUUUUAAGUUGUUUUCUAACUCUUCUGGUUUGAAAGCCAAUCAUCAGAAAUCAUCCAUAUAUUGUCAUGGAAUGUCUGAUGGUGAUGUUCAGAGGGUGGUGGAUGCUUCUGGUUUUGUUAGAAGCACCUUACCAUUUAAAUAUUUGGGAGUUCCCAUCUGUUCCAAAAAGAUUUCUGCAGCUCAGUGUGGGAUAUAUGUGCUCCCAAAGGGUGUUCUUCAAGAUAUUGUGAAGAUUUGCAGGGCUUUCCUUUGGAGUGGCCAUGCUUACAGUAGUAAACCAAGCAGCAUUGCCUGGGAAAGAAUUUGUUGUGACAAGCAGAGUGGUGGAUUGGGUUUUAGAGAUGUCCUGUUAUGGAAUAUUGCUAGUAUAGGCAAAUAUGUUUGGGCUCUGGCCACUAAACAGGACAAUGUCUGGAUUAAGUGGGUUACCUCAUUUUACUUAAAGGAUGGGGAAUGGUGGGAUUAUCAGCCUAACAAUACAGCUAGCUGGUAUUGGAAACAGGUAUGCAGUACUAAAGAGAAGCUAAAACUGGUGUUUACUGAAGCAGAAUUUGGUGCAAUGUCUAAAUAUUCUGUGAAGCAAGUCUAUAACAAGCUGGCAGGCAAUAGACCUAAGGUCCAUUGGGACAGAUUGGUGUGGAAUAGGCUUAAUACCCCAAAGCACAGCAAGCAAUGUUUGGUUGCAAUGAAGGCAUGGUUGGGAAUCAACACUACUGCUAUUGAUUUACAUCAGUUAUAUAGAAGCAUCAAGCAUGGAAGACACUCUAAAUUCAGGAAGCAGGUAUACUAUGCAGCAAUUGUGGCAUUGGUGUACUUAAUCUGGAGAUGCAGGAACACUAGUCUAUGGGAUCAGUUGGUUCCUGCUGUUAAAGUUAUAGUUGGUACUUUGAAGCAAACUGUGAAGAGUAGAAUUCAAGCAAUCUUGCCUAAAUAUGUAAACAGGAAAGAUAAUAGUUGGUUUGUGAGCUUAUAA